UAUGGAUACACCGCCAACGCGCGUGCAUAAAACAAAUGUUAUAAAAAGCGAAAUUAGGAUUGCUCUCGAGGUGAGGCAUCCACAAAAUGGUACAAGAUUCAUGUGGUGGAACGGUGAAGUCCUAUAAAGCUUAGGAACCGAUGGUGCUAUAUUUGGGGAGAGUUUUGUCAGGUUAUAGCAUUGGCAUUAUUUCUUACGUGGUUCCUAUGUUUGUUGGAGAGAUAUCGCCAAAUAAAUUGCGAGGGGCACUAUCCUCUACUAAUCAGCUAUCAAUUGUAAUUGGUUUAUCCGCCGUCUACGUGAUCGGUGCCUUCGUCGGGUGGAGGAUUCUAGCUUUACUAGGAGUUGUACCAUGUGGCCUGCUGUUUUUGGGUCUCUUCUUCAUCCCCGAGUCUCCAAGAUGGCUGGUAGAAUUGGGACUCGCCCGGGCUCGCCCCAGGGCGGAUCACUCGUAA